AUGGCCCUUAACAAUCGUCUUCAAGGGACGUUACCCACGGACACACAUGUCAAUACGAAAGAGCAAGGCCCAAAGCCUCUUAUGGUGGUGAGCUCGAGAAAUGGUAGAGAUCUUGAUUUAGAGCAAGAAAUUGCUCGUGAGAGCCGGUUAACUGAAAUACUUGUGUCAGUGCCAAUUGAGUUAGAUGAGUCAACUGGGAUAACAGAAGUAAGAGUGCAACCAGCCCAAGAGGAAAUAAACAAGGAAAAAUUUAUUGCGGAGGAGAUUGAGAAAGUGCAAGAGAAGGUUUUAGAAAAAGUUCCUGAGCAGGAUCUAACUCAAGCUACAGGAAAGAAGCGACCUCCAACACCCUUCUCGCAGAGGUUGGCUAAAUAUCAGAAGGAUGCGCAGUAUAAAAAAUUUAUGAAAAUGCUGAAGCAAAUUCAGGUAAACAUUCCUCUAAUCGAUGCUUUGAGGGAGAUGCCUGGUUAUGAAAAAAUGAUGAAAGACUUGAUGUAUCGUAAGUUCGACUUCCAAGACGUGGCAACUAUCACGUUGACACAGACUUGUAGUGCUGUUGUGUCAAGACCUAUAGCUGAGAAGUUAUCCGACCCUGGAAGCUUCAUAAUUCCAUACACCAUAGGUAGCCAUACAUUUGCCAAAGCAUUGCGUGAUUUGGGAGCAAGUAUAAAUCUGAUGUCAUUGUCUAUCUAUAAAAAGUUAGGCAUUGAAAGAGCAAGGCCCACAUCCAUGUUACUGCAACUAGCUGACCGAACGGUGAAAAGGCCAUCGAGUAUACUUGACGAUGUACUUGUGCAAGUUGGAAAAUUCGUGUUUCCAGCAUAUUUUGUCAUUCUGGACUGCGAGGUUGAUGAGGAGAUUCCCAUAAUUUUGUGA